UUUCUUUCUUCUAUUAUUCACUUUUUUUAUUUCUUCCUUCUCUGUUUUGACAGUUCGUUUGUUACUUUGUAAUGACUUCUUCUUUACGAGGAAACAUACCUUUACAAACAAUAUGGAAUGCUGGAGCCACUGUUGGUGGAAGAAAGUCAAGAACAAGACUUCAAAUGGAAAAACAAUUUGCCAAUAUUAAUACAACUGUUUUAUGUGAUCAUCUUGUCGAUGUACAACAUGAAAUGUCAUUACGUACUAUGUCUCGUUUACUACUCGGUAUAUCCUUCAUUGUGAAUAAGAAAACUACUCGUGUUUAUGGAAACGUCAUGGAUCUCUUGGAAAGGAUUCAUCGAGAAUUGGGAACCAAUCAAACGCGUCAUAUUGAUUUACCAAUCACAACACCAAACAUUAGAAAAAUUACAUUAUGUGACAAUCCUUUCAUGAUGAAUUAUGCUUUUACGAAUCCACGGUUGCCUUUGCUUGAAAAUGACAGAUUCGUAUUCCCCAGUCCUGUCAACUCGAUCAUCACUGUACGAGAAGAUACUAUUACAUUACCAAGCUCUACUUCCAAUAUAAUGCAACCUAUUCAAGUCAUAUCUUCCCGUGAAAAUGAAGAUGAACAAUGGUUAGAAGGGAUUGACUUUCAUCAACAACAGCAAAUAACUACACAACAUAAUGGUAUCGAGAUAACGAUGGAUCAGCCUCACGGAUCAUCUUCAUCUUCUUCAACCCGUAUUCCUCUACAUCAACAACAAUUGGAUGAACCAGUAUUGACAUCAAUGGAAGAAAAUGAUCAUGCUUACAAUAUGGAAAACAGCGAAGAAUGGAAAUCACUGAUGAUGGAUGCUCAAUUGGAUCUAGGACAAGAUGCUUCGGAUGAUGUUGAUGAAGAAAGACUCAACCGUCAUGACAUCGAUAUCCCUCAGCUUGUGCCUUCCAUAUCACCACCAUUGCAAGAACAUACGUCUUAUCAUGGAGAUCCUAUAGAACAACAGGAACAACAACAACAAGAAGAAAUAGGCGAAGAUCAAAUGGAUUUCGAUAUCUUUGAUAUUAGCAAUAGUGAUCGUCCUCUGGCUGCGAGACCAACACGAUUGACAGCUCCAUUAUCGACGGAUUACAUCAUGAACGAUGUUCAACAAAGUUCAUAUCUCGAUUCACAACUUGUAAUGCCACCACCACAAGCAUCACCGACAUCGUCAAUACAAACAGAUGCCUACUCUCGCAUAUUGCUUGAUUCUCUUCCAUCUGAUCUGCCAGGCUCUCCUACUGGUCGUCGUCGUCAUCGUCGUAUCACCCGUCUGGAUAGAGAUGAAAUUGUGUUACCAGUUGCUGUUUACGACGCAACAGAUCGUAUACUUAUGCACGACAAUCAUUCUCGUCCUCUGAUUCGUAAGCAAGAAUUGAUACGACGAUAUCGACAGCAGCUUUAUCUACCUCAAAUCCAAACAAAUACAAUUAUCAAUAAGGUAGUACAACAAGCAAGAGGAAGAUUUGGAAAUAACAGCAACGUGCGAGGUGAAGUAGAAAUAGGUCGACAAAUGGAACAAGGAAGAAAUCAAGAACCUCAUGAUGACUAUUUACCUCAUGGAUUGGAUAUUGAUGAUGGUAUUGUUACGGAUCGGUUGCGGACUUCCCGAGAUAAUAUAAGCGGAUCACCACUACGGAUCAUUAGUCCGGAUUUUCAAUUUGAAUUAGAAGAUGACAAACGAAGUAGCCAUACAGGAUCUAGUUUAUUUCGACAAAAACAACAACAACAACAACAACAAGGAAUAUCCGGAAUGUUCAGUCAUUUUUUACGUCAACCAUGGUAUCCUCCUUCUUCUUUGGAUCACGAGGAAUUGAAUUAUCCAGUGGAUUCUUUUGAUGAUGAUGAUGGUGAAGAACUUAAUUAUGGUGACUAUUUGGAAAUGAACGUUGAUUAUCAACCACAAGAGACAACAAAUUUAUCCAAUGCAAAUGACUUUUAUACGUAUCUUGAAUUAUUUACAAGUGAUCAACAACGUACAUGUUUUUUUCAGGACUUAUUCAUCUCUGGGGAAAACAAAAGAUCCGAAGUGGCCCUUGCUUUUUAUCUUGUAUUAGUUUUGGCUACUCAAGGCAAUCGACUUUAUCCAGAACAAACAAAACCUUAUGGUCCUCUUCUACUUCGUUUACUUUGAUUUCAAUAUUUGAUACUUUGGGACAACGAAAAGUUAUUUCUUUUAUAUUUUUUAGCCACCCAUCCAUACACAGAUAUAUAUACUUCUCCUUUUUUUAUUUCCCCUUUUUUUUUUAUUCUUCUUUUGUUUGUCAGUUAGUGUUUUGCGUUAGUUAUUCCCCCACUUUUUCGAGGUGCAAGUUUAUCUAAAAAGGGUUAUUUUUCACUUUUUGGUUAACCUGCAUCCAAUCAUUGUUACCCCUCUCUAUUCAUGACAACUUUUGAAAUAAAGACAAC